AUUUUAGACUCUUUCAAAUGCAAACGAUGCGGAUCCUUGUAUUCGAAAAGGUCCUUGCGGUGCUUUUGAUCCUUUUCCUGCUUCGAAGAUUAUUUACAUAAUGGUAAUAGUGAAUCUGCUUUGCUCACAAUCAUAUGACUUGUCCCCUAAGAUUAAAUUUGAAAAAGAUGGCACAGACAACACAACCAUCGAUAUAGAAGCAUUCAAGGUUUUAAUUUCUAUGGUAUUACAUGGUAUAUGCAUUGCAUGUUUGACGGUUUGUAUGAUGGCAAAUAAUAUCGCAGUAUUCUCAAAAAUGCUGCCUCCUAUUGUGAUAGUCACAAUUUUGACGUUUAAUUUAAUUUUCAAUAUUGCUGGGUGCACGUGUCUUUGGCUUCAUAAUGAUCCUAAAUCUCCACCAGGAUAUUCACCUUCAAUUCGAGGAUCUGCGGUGAUGUCAUCCAUUGGAAUGGCGUACAAUUUCUGUACUACGUUCUAUUACUGUAUUCGACUCCCCCCACAGGGUAAAAAGAAGUCAGCGGAAGUAGUACUAAAGGAAGAGGGAAGUAAAGUAAAAAAGGAUGAAAAGAAGGAGAAGGAAAAGGAGUCGAAGCCUGCAAAGGAGCUUAAAGAGCCUGUAAGCUCAAGCGGAACGAACGUUAAAAAAGCAUUGGGAUCUGGUGAAUCUGCGGAAACCCGAGAGCAGAGCAAACAAAAUAUGCAAAACGUGAAUGUAGCGCCUGCACCUAAGGCAGAGGUUGUGCAAAAAGCAAACUAUGCUGGCGAACAAGAAAUCGCACAAUCAAAAGAAAAACUUGGAGAAGAGGCUAAGGAAGGAGCGAACCUAGGACAGGAGAUCAAUAUUGUAAAAAAUGCUGAAGGUGGGACGAAAGAUGUGAAAACAGCAAUGGAGAUUCUAGAGCCACCUGCCCAUGAAUGA